CUAUAAAACCCAAGACGUUUGUUUAUUGAGUGCGUUUCAGAGAAAGUACCAUUAGAUCGAUAGUGAGCAUUGGUGAGUGCAGUAUGUGAUUUGGUCAAGUGAACAGUGAUAAGUGAUAAGAUAUUUUUUUAAUACGAUUAUUAACUCAAACUAGUCAUUCAGACAAGAUGUGGGCAUUUAAGCUCGUCUACUUAUUUACAUUGAGCAGCGUGCUGCUGACGGCAAGCUGCGAAGAAAAUUGGUCAUGGGGGAGUGGAAAAAAGACUGAAACGGAAGAAAAGCCGAAAUCGGAUACGACAGCCGAAGGUAGCGUGAAUCCUAACGUAAUCGACGAAAUAAUCAGUUCCGGUCGAGAUGGCAGAAUGCUGAGCGGAUUCAGCGAUGUUUACGAAGAUCAAGACGUUCAAGACGCCCUGUCUUCGGGUAACGAAACGCAUGCACGAUCACUGGUCAAAGAUCGUUUAUGCGGUCUCGGUUUAAUGGCUUGCGACGAAGAUAUCGAAGAAAAACGUCCAUUCAUCCAGCCACAAGACUUAAUCUACGCUCAACCAGUCCAUCUUAAACCUGUAGGAAGACCGAUCGCUGCCGUUCCUCUCAAAGGAUCUCCCAACUCGAUCGGUUACGGACCUCCGAAACCAGUUCCUUUCCCGCCAUCCAACUUUGGCAACUCUUACCCUCCAGUACCACCACCCAGGCCUUACAUUUCCGCAAACAAACCACCAUUAGGUCCGAUUUACGGAGCUUCGAGACCACCAGCUGUAUACGAACCGAUCGAUCCGAUCGAUAAAAAACCGCAAGUGGUCGUAAACGCGCAACACGGUGUUCAGCAACACGUUCACCAUCACUAUCACCACGCUGAUGCGGAAAAGAUUGGCGUUAUCGAUGCUCCCAAUACCGUCUAUCCUUCCGGAGUGGCUGGUGGUGUCGGAUCGUUAUAUAAUGGCGAAAAUUCUCUUUACGGUAAUACCGUCGGUGGAAAUGGGUUCAUUGGGUCACCGACGUACGGAGGUGGAUUGGAAUCCUAUGGAGGUGGUCCGAGUCCAUUCUAUAAGAAGGAGUUGAAUCUCAAAGGAACUGCCAGCAGUAACGGUGUUUCCAACUACGUAAACCCGGAACGUUAUCAAUCCUACGAAACUCCCAGAGCUGAUAACAAUUUAGACUGCGUUUGCGUUCCAUUCGAUCAAUGUUUACCUCACGAAGUCAUAUCGAGGAAAGAAGACGGAUACGCCAUCGAUCCGAGAAAUUCUUUCAAAACUAAUAUCGAAGCAAUUGGCCCAGACGAUGUCGUCAUCACCGACGGAAACGGUACAGUGGUUUCAGUGAAAAAAUUACAAGACGAAAUAAAACCGGAAGAAAAUAAUGAAAACAAGGAAGAAAAAGCUAGAAGAAGAAGACAUUCCGAUUUAGUAGGCGCAGCUUCCGAAAGCCAAGAGAAUAAAAUCGAAGCGCGAUCAGAACGAAAAAUAACUGUCGAUGAUUUGACCAGCAACGGAUACAAAAUUGAAGACCCGAAUAUCGAUCAAAUUGCAGGACGCAAACUAGGCGGAAUACUCGGUGGUUCUGGAGGUGGAGGAGGCGGUGGAGGAGGAGGUGGAGACGAUGACUCCGAUAGCUCUUCUUCCGGCAUUAAACUAAGACCCACGUUUGGUGUAUCUUUUGGUCUACCUUCCGGAGGUGCAGGUUAUCCUAUUAGUCCUUACGGUCCUAACCCGGCGAUUAAUCCGUAUGGGCAUUCGUUAGGUGGUGGUAACGGCUUAAAUCUCGGUUUAGUUAAUGUAAAUCCGUUAUUAUCGCUUCAAGUGAGUAAAGACGAAUACGGAGAUAAAGUAGUCAAGCCUUGGGUCAAUCUGCAUGUUACGCCGAAUCACCAACUAGUCGAUAAAUUCGGAUACUUGGUGCAUAAAUUGAAAGAUCCUCAUCAUUACGGCGGAUACCCUCCAUCGUAUUACCAUCACCAUAAUCAUUUCCAUUCACAACCUCAACCACCACCUUAUUAUCCUCCUUCCAGACCUUACUAUCCAUCUAGACCUCCUCAUUACGGUUACAAUAACUAUGCUCCUUCUUAUCACGGUUAUAAUGGCGUUAAUUACAAUUCCCUGGAUUACGCACCGACCGGAUACGAAGACGAAGAUGAUUACGAUUCGGGAUUCUAUAGAAAUGCAAACUCCAAUGCAUCUGCCCAAAACUCAGAUCAAUAUAAAAGAACCGCAUAUCCCGAACAAUCAGACAGUAAAAGCUCAUCGGUGGUAUUUCCAAACGAUCGAGUAUCUGGCAACCGAAAACGUAGACAAGCCCAAGACCAAGAGGGGGGAUCAGCUGAACAGCGUCAAGGUUACUUCGGAUUAAAUAAAUGUGGACCGAGACAAGUAUGCUGCCGAAGACCACUCAGACAACCACUCACAAAUCGUCCAGGCUUUGCUCAAUGUGGACGUAGAAACACUCAAGGAAUCAAUGGCAGAAUUAAGACCCCAGUUUAUGUCGAUGGAGACAGUGAAUUCGGCGAAUAUCCAUGGCAAGCAGCUAUUUUGAAGAAAGAUACUCAAGAAAGUGUUUACGUAUGUGGUGGUACCUUAAUCGACAAUCUACACAUUAUUACAGCUGCUCAUUGCGUAAAAUCGUACACUAAUUUCGAUCUCAGAGUCAGAUUAGGUGAAUGGGAUGUCAAUCACGAUGUCGAAUUCUACCCAUACAUCGAAAGAGACGUCGCAAAUCUUUUCGUUCAUCCGGAAUUUUACGCUGGAACUUUAUUCAACGAUAUCGCCAUUUUGCGUUUAGACAAAGCUGUUGAUUUCACUCAGUACCCGCAUAUUAGCCCAGCUUGUUUACCAGAACCAGGAUACGACUUCAGUGGUCAAAGAUGUUGGACUACUGGUUGGGGUAAAGAUGCUUUCGGAGAAUUUGGAAAAUAUCAAAAUAUUCUUAAGGAAGUCGAUGUCCCUGUUAUCUCUUAUAGUCAAUGUCAAUCUCAAUUACAACAGACUCGAUUAGGUUAUGACUUCAAACUCCAUCCUGGUUUCGUUUGCGCCGGAGGUGAAGAAGGAAAGGAUGCCUGCAAGGGUGACGGAGGUGGACCAAUGGUUUGUGAAAAAGGUGGCAUUUGGAACUUAGUCGGUGUUGUAAGUUGGGGUGUAGGCUGUGGUCAAUAUGGAGUUCCGGGAGUAUACGCCAAAGUGUCAUAUUACCUCGACUGGAUUAGACAAAUAACGAAUCGUUACUAAGCAGUACAUUAACACUGCUAAAUGUAAACAACUUUCUCAUUUUGUGCAAAUUAGUUAUUAUCUAUGUACGUAAGUGAUAAUCGAUGUUUUAAAUAUUUUCACGAUAGGUAAUUACAACAGUUCAGAUCAUUAAAAAUCUGACGAUUGUGACUAUUUUUUUAAAAUAAUUUUUUACGUGUUGAAAAAUCUUCUCAUUUUUUUGUUUUUUUAUUGUUUUUUUUUUAUAAUGGCCACCUACUGAUUAUUUUUAAGAAAUUAAUUUAUUGGAAUUUUUCUUUUUUAUCAUUUGUGUGACAAUUCGUCAUUAACGUUUAGAAAAAUCGUAUCUCUAUUUAUGAGAAAAAUUAAGAAUUGUGUAAUUUUUAAUAUUUAUUUACUAUUGUAAAUAUAUUUUAUAAGUUA